UUUGUCCAACGGGUGGCGCACUUUACAAUGUUAAGCGUGAAGAUGAAGAACAAUCGAUGAACAUACUGUAGCAGAAAACAGGAAGUGUAUUUUAAGGCAAAAAUCAAAGAUUGCUCUCUUCUAAGAUCUGCUGUGUGCAUUAAUGUACAGACGAUACGUAUUGCAACACCAUCACACAAGCUGCGUUUAAGACAUGAUUGAUCUGUCAUCUUUAUCUAUCACCUGGACCUUGGUGGUACUGCUUAUAACUCUUGUGUUUAUUUAUGGUGUUUGGCCUUAUGGGUUUUUCAACAAACUGGGAAUUUCAGGACCAAGACCUUGGCCCUUCCUUGGCACGCUUCUGUCAUACAGAAAAGGUAUUUGCAAUUUUGAUAUGGAGUGUGCUAAGAAAUAUGGAAAAAUGUGGGGGAUCUUUGAAGGAAGGCGUCCAAUAUUAAUGGUUACUGACCUAGAAAUAAUCAAAGUGGUUAUGGUUAAAGAAUGCUAUUCUACAUUUACCAACAGAAGGAAUAGAAAUGAAGCCCUUGCCGGCCCUUUAGCUGAUGGCAUCAUUUUAGUUAAAGAUGAGAAAUGGAGGAGAAUCCGCAAUGCACUGUCACCGUAUUUCACAAGCGGUCGACUUAAGGAGAUGUUUCCUAUAGUUGAGACGCAUGCAGAGCGAUUUGUAAAAAAUAUGCUAAAGAGAGACCAGGAGCAGUCGGUUAAACUCAAAGAAGUUAUUGGACCGUACAGUUUGGAUGUAGUUACCAGUUCAUCCUUUAGUGUUGACAUUGACUCCAUAAGCAACCCCGAUGACCCUUUUGUUACCAAUAUCAAGAAGUUUGUCCAGUUUAAUGCUCUCAAUCCUCUCUUGCUGUUAUUAACUCUUUUUCCCUUUCUCACCAAUAUAUUUGCCAAAGUGGGUAUAACUCUUUUUUCGAGAUCUUCUAUGGAUUUUUUCUACAGUGCUCUGAGAAAGAUUAAAGACCAGCACAACAAGGACUCCAGUGGCCGAAUAGACUUUCUAAAGCUGAUGAUCCAGAGUCAAAUAUCUGAUGAUCAAGCUGAGGAUACCACAAGUGACCAACCUGUUAAAGGUCUUACCGAUCAUGAGAUCCUCUCUCAGUCGUUUGUUUUCAUCAUGGGAGGUUAUGAGACUACAAGUACAACUCUUUCCUUCCUUCUCUAUAAUCUUGCAACUAAUCCGGACUCCCUGGAAAAGCUGGUUGAAGAGAUUGACGCAAACUUUCCUGUCAAUACGCCUAUCACAUAUGAUGCAUUGAUGAAAAUUGAUUAUUUGGAAAUGUCCAUCAACGAAUCAAUGCGUCUUUUUCCAACCGCCCCACGCUUGGAGAGAGCCUGUAAGAAAACUGUAGAGGUCAAUGGUGUGACCAUACCGGAGGACACUCUGGUUGGAAUUCCUACAUAUGUGCUAAAUCGUGAUCCAAAUCUCUGGGAGUCUCCCGAUGAGUUCAGACCGGAGAGGUUCAGCCCAGAAAGUAAGUCAGAGGUUAACCAGUAUGUUUUCAUGCCUUUUGGACUCGGGCCCCGCAAUUGCAUUGGAAUGAGAUUUGCGCUGAUGAUCAUGAAAAUUUUUGUUGUAAAGCUUCUACAAAACUUCAGUGUGGAAACAUGCAAAGAGACGCAGAUCCCUCUGGAGUUAAAUGCCCUCUUGCAGCCAAAAGUACCCAUCACACUGAAGUUUAUACCAAGAUCUCACAGAGACAAAUAGUUUAAACUAAUAAGAAUUUGCGUGUUUUAGUAAAAUGAUCAAGAAGAUACUGUAUCAUUUGUGAAAAAGAUUUAAGCAGUUUUGAUUAGAGUAUAAAUCUACACUAAUUUAAAGCAACACUAUGUAGUUUCCAUGUAAAAAUGACUUACAGCUCCCCCAUGUGGUUGAAAAGCGCAACAGUGCCUGGUAUCAGACACUUUUCUGCAGGCAGGGGGAGGCGCGGGCUGUGUUUCCUACCCUCCACCGCCACUUUCAGAGUGUGCUUGUAGCAGCUAGGAGGCUGCUCAGGUUGCAGCAACAGUACAAUUUGUCCAGUUAAAAGUUGUUCCAUCGCUGAAAUAAUUUUAGAGACAUUAUUUAAAGGUAAAAAAACUACAUAGUGUUGCUUUAAAGUUAGAUACGACGGUUUAUUUAUAAAGCACCUUUACCAAGUUCAAGGUCGCUACAUAAACAGACAAUCAAACACAGUAACAUGUAUCAUACAGAACAUGUAAACAUACACAAAUACAUAAAUACACAGUAAUUAAACAGGAAACACUAGACAGAGGAUGGCUGGAAGUACUGUAAGAGAAGAUUUUCGUUUUUAGUUGUGAUUUAAAUGAGGAUAAAGACGUUUCACAAAGAGUUAGUGUAAGAGUUUCAGAGCCACAGCACCCAAGAUAUGAGAGACAAAAAUGAGGCACCCAAGCAGUUUUAACCAAAGAUUAGUCAAAUAGAUUUUAUCUGCAGAUACAGCAAAACCACGCUGCAUGGUUUAGGAUGUAACAGCAGACUUACAUCCUAUCAAUGAAGACUAAACAGGAAGUGAUUGUUUGUUAUCACCAGCUUUACACUCACAUGCUUUAUACACAAAACGCUGGAAAACUGAUGCACCUUGUCAUUAUUUGAAUGGGAUAACAAAAAUGCAUUUAUUAUUAUUACAUUAAUAAUUUUAAAGAUAAUGAAAAUUCAUAUGAUUCUUAUUUGAAUAUACUAAUCAAAGAUCCACUGUUCUUGUUGCGUCACUCUGUAUUUUCUGUUGACUUCAGCAGAUGUGCGGUACACUCGUGAUUUCAGCUGACAUUAAAGCUCCUUUCAAAGCCUCUUUUAUAAAUUUGAAGUGUUACAUCUGUCACAUCUGAGAGUUUUAGUGCAAUUUUCUAUGAACAAAAAUGCUUUUAAGAACUAUGUGCACUUAACAUGUCUGCUAUGUAAAAACAUGCAAUAAAAGAUCUAUAAGGAUGCCAA